AUUAAAUAUCAAUUUUAAAUCCCAGACAUUUGAGUAGACAGAUCUUUGUUACAUGUGUGCAUAAUCUCAAAAUUAUUUUUUGUGAAUGACAAAUUAUACAUAAAAUAUGUAAAAGAACGAGGAAUAUAUUUUCAAAACGAAUUGCGCAAACGCAUACUAAAUUCAGAUGCUAGCACUGGUACAUUAUUUUUGCACAUUCCAUUUCCAAUUAAAAAUUGUAUACGUUUGAAUCUGUCUUGUGUACUCUCGAUGUUGUGAUAAAAUAUAUAAUCGGCUUCGCGAAACUUAGUGAUUUAUUUUUGUGUCAGUUGUUUGGGAUUAAUGAGAAUGAAUGAGAUGAUUUUCCAAACGAUAUUUCUUGUAAUAUUGUCAAAAAGUCAUUUGAUAAAUGGAAUGUCAAAUUGUUGUCAGGAACCUAAUAUACUCCUAAAAUAUGGACACUGUAAGGACGGUUCUAUGGCAAAGGAAUUGAAUUGCAAAAAAAAAUUCUACUCCGAUUUAAAUGAUUCAUCAAUUACUUAUACCGAAAAUAACGGCGAUAUUAAAUUCGACGACUUUGUAUUGUCUCCUGACCAAUACUGCAAAACAUUUUUAGCGCCAAAAAAUACAGAAGUUUUUCUAAUAUGUGCAGAUGAAUCAGAAUCUGAUGAAUGGAGUCGUAUAACCAGAACUGUUUUCACAGUUUUACAACUUAUCUCUGUAUUUUUUAUUAUUCUAACGAUAAUUGUUUAUUUAGUGGCUCCGUUUGUACUAUAUCUCCAGGACUUAGUUCUAUUACAUACCUUGUCAGGAAUGGCAAUAGCUUAUCUUACGUUAUCUAUAAUAAAUCUGAGUGGAUAUAUACGUGAAGGACUUUGCGAGUUUUUAGCUUAUUUAUUAUAUUUUUCCUUCAUGUAUUGUUUCUUCUGGUUGAACGUAUUGUGUUUCCACAUAUGGAGAGAAGUGAUACAACCGAAAUGUUUGGUUGGUAUUAAAAACUGGAAAUUAUUGUAUCACAUUUAUAGUAUCGGAUCCCCAUUUCUUGCUAUUUGUUGGUUGCUAUUCGUACACUUUGGCCGUCUCAGAGCCUUAGAAGGCAUUCACCCAGGAAUUGGUAUAAGUAGGUGCUGGUUCCAGUCAACCAAACAAACCAAUAUAUAUUUCAUUGGACCUAUCGGUGUUUUAUUAAUGAUGAACAUCAUUUUUUUUAUUUGGACAAUGAUAGAAUUAUGGAAUCGUUCCAAACGUUGUACCGAAACUAAAAUUCUUAAGUACAGGUUAAGAUUGUAUGUGAAAUUGUUCUUUAUUAUGGGCAUUACAUGGAUUUUUGAAAUUUUCUCAACAAUUUUUGAAGACAAAUCUCCCAACUGGUUAUGGUUAGUAACAGACAUUGUCAAUGCUUUACAAGGUGUAAUAAUUUUCUUGCUUCUGGUGAUAUUCAGAAAAACUAUAAAAAGAACUUUGGCUAAUAGAAAAUUCAUCGUUUGGAGAUUCCCGCCACAAUGGAAAAAUGAAAAAGACAGUGAAUGCGAGGAGUUGGAUGAAGAUAUUAGUCUUGAAACCAAAACUAGAGUAAAUAUUGAUUUUUAAAACGUACUAUUAAGAAAAAUUCUAUACGAAGAAAUAAAGCUUUGCGAAAAAAUCCAAUGAAACUCCAACUCCAAUGAAAUAAUGUUUACGCAACGAAAAACUUACAGAAAACUCUUUUGAAAAUAUGAGUUCGAUAUAAUAAUAUAUUUAAAAAAAUGGUAGAAUGAUGGUUGUCAAUUAUUAAAUUGUGGAUAAAUAGAAGCAUUUACAAGUUGAA